AUGACUUAUUACUCAAUAGGCGCCAACCGGCAGACAGCCGCUUCAGACUGGGCUGAUUGCUACGGCGGUGUCGUGGCAUUCGGUGCAGAUGUCAACCUUGCACUAUGGCGGCCAUCAGACCAGAAAGUCUGGCAUCCCAGGACACCUGCACACAAAGGACUGGUCAAGGCCGUCAAGUUUCUGCCGGCAAGGCCGAAAGACCAAUCUGCUCACAUAGUCAGCGGCGGCGACGACAAGUGCAUCAAGCUGUGGAGCCUCGACCUUGCCAGCGGUGAGGUCGACGGCAUUCAGACUGUGGAGGAUCACACAGCCGCGAUAAACUGCAUCGCGACACUGAAGGCAGGCUGGACUGGAGGAGAUGAGGCAGGGACGAUAUUUGUCACAGGAGCCGCUGAUGCGACAGUCAAGAUCUGGACAUUCGAAGGUUCAGGCAUCAGGGUCCUGCAGACCAUCCAGCUAUCCCCCAAAUACCUCCCCCUAGCCCUCGCCGUGAGCCCCCUAGGGAACGAUGGGAAGACAUAUAUGAUCGCAUCCGCUGGGACCAAGGACACCAUUCAGAUAUUUACAGGGACUUUCAGCCAUAAUCACUCCGAAUUCCGCCUCCAGGCCACCUUGUCUGGCCACGAGGGCUGGAUACGCUCUCUCGAUUUCACCCCAGAGACACCCGACAACCCAGGCAGCGACCUCCUCCUCGCCUCGGCCAGCCAGGACAAGUACGUCCGGCUCUGGCGCGUCCACCAAGGGCAGGAUCUCCCCGCCCAAGCGGCCACCGCGUCGGACCCCACCGUCGGCGCAUACCUGCCUGGGAGGUCGCCGAGCAACAAGGCGUACCGGUUCAAGACCGACGAAGCAGACUACUCGGUGACUUUCGAGGCCCUGCUGUUCAACCACGACGACUGGAUCUACAGCGCCAGGUGGAGCCGGAGCGAGCAGGGGGUCCUACGACUCCUGUCCGCCUCGGCGGACAACUCCCUCGUGAUCUGGGAGUGCGAUCCCAGCUCCGGCAUCUGGGUGCCCGACGUGCGGCUGGGCGAGAUCUCGCGGGAGAAAGGCGCCACCACCGCCACGGGCAGCAUCGGCGGCUUCUGGACGGGCCUCUGGUCCCCGAGCGGGUCCGCCAUCCUCACCAUCGGGCGGACGGGCUCCUGGCGCCGCUGGGACUGGAACGCGGAGACCUGCACCUGGGACCAGGGCGUCGCCGUCUCCGGGCACACAAAGGCCGUCACGGGCCUGGCGUGGGCACGGUCCGGCGACUACCUGCUGUCCACCAGCUCGGACCAGACGACGCGCCUCCACGCGCGGUGGACCGGCGACGGCCGCUGGUACGAGAUGGCGCGCCCGCAGAUCCACGGCUACGACCUGAACUGCGUCGACGUGCUGGGCGAGUCGCUGUUCGUGUCCGGGGCCGACGAGAAGCUGAUGCGCGUGUUCAAGAAGCCCCGGGCCGUGGCCAAGAUGCUGCGCGCGGUCGCGGGCAUCGGCGGCACGACCCAGGGCGGGGCGGAAGAGGACGAUGAUGACAUGCCUGAGGCGGCCAACAUGCCGGUCCUUGGGCUCUCGAACAAAGCCACUGUCGAUGCCGACGGCGCCACUGAAGAGGAAGCGGCGGCGGCAAAUCCGGAGAAGGACCGCGGCGCCAUCGACCCGGCAAGCAUCGUGCGCCGGUCCGCGCUGGACAUCGCGCACCCGCCGCUGGAGGAGUCGCUGUCGCGGCACACGCUGUGGCCCGAGGUCGAGAAGCUGUACGGGCACGGCUACGAGAUCAGCUGCCUGGCGGCGAGCCACGACGGGCGGCUGGUGGCCAGCGCGUGCCGGGCGUCCUCGCUGAACCACGCCGUCAUCCGCAUCUUCGAGACGGAGCGCUGGACGGAGCUGCGUCCGCCGCUUGCUGUGCAUACCUCGACUAUCUUCCGGCUGCGAUUCAGCAGCGACGACCGGUUUCUGCUGAGUGUGGGCAAGGAUAGGCGGUGGACUGUCUUCAAGAGGGAUGAUGGUGAGUCCCAGAAGGACAGUGAUAUGUGCUACAAGCAGUUUCAGACCGACGACAAGGGCCACAAGAGGAUGGUCCUAGAUGCGGCGUGGGGACCGGUGAUGCCGGACUUGCCAGGCAGGAGGAUAUUCGCCACAGCCAGUAGGGACAAGUCCUUCAUCGUGUGGGCCGCGGAAAUGAGCGACACCGAGGCGACAGAGGCUGGAGAAGGGGCUGAUAAAUUCCACAAGCUCCAGAGCGUGUCCCUGGAAGACCCGAUCACCGCCAUCGACUUCUUGCCCCGGCCAUACAAGGGGAAAUACGCGGUCUUAGCCGUCGGAACUGAGAAGGGACAUGUCCGCACGUAUCUCUGGGACGUUGCUGAAGGCUCCGGGGUACCAUUCCCUCCAAAGCCUUCAAGCGAACACAUGACUCUACUCGAGCUCGCCAAGCCUAUACGGCAGCUUGCGUGGCGGCCGGGUCACGAGGAGGAGGCCGAGCUCGCGGUGGCAGGCGAGGACGGCUCCGUCAGGAUCUGUAGUAUAGGCGUUGAAGUUCCCCAGGCGACAUGA